GUUUGAUCUGGUCCAAACCCUCAGAUCAAAGGAGCAGGUCAUAACAGAGAUCCUGAUACUUCAUCCAGCCCCUUGGAUCGAUGCAGAGUGAAAGGCAAACGAUGGGAAUGGACGCCAAAUAUUUCAAGGAAAACCUCGGAAUGUGCUUGGCUGAAGGACUUGCAGAGGUGGCGGAUCGCCGACCAAUAGACCCCAUCCGUUUCCUGGCCUCCUGGAUUUACAACUAUAAUGAAAAUAGAAAGAAAGAAGAAAAGAAAAAGAGAGAAAAGGACCACCUAGAACUUCAUUAUGAAGAACUUCUUGCAGAGUUGGAGAAUACAGAAAAGCUGAAGGCAGAAGAACUUCUGAUGGCCCCCAAAUCUGAAGAGCAGCAGAAGGAUCUUUUCCAAGAGCAAACAGAAGAUACUCCUGAAAAAUUAAUGGAAAUAGGUGGAGCAUUGAGAGAAGAGGUGACUGAUGAGAAGGCAGAUGAAACAACAACUGGAGAAAAGGUUGGAAACAUGCCAGAAGAAUAUGAAACUAAGUCAAUGCAAGAGAGGUUAGAAAACAGAGUAGAUCAGGAUGACUUCAAUGUUGAGAUAAAUGAGUUGGAUGAACAACCAGGCCAGGUAAGUCCUAGUUUAAUGCUCCAGGAAGCCUUGUUGGGAACUGCUGCAGAUGAAGAUUUAAAUCCCAAAGCCUUGGAUGACAAAGGCGAAGACCAGUUGGAACAAGACAUAGCAGCUGAGAAGGAGAAUGAAGUACAAGCUGAAGGUGACACUCAGGAUGAGAACGACACAUCUGCUCAGGAUGGGAAUUUGGAGUAAUUCCAUAAUUCAU